AUGGAUUUCUUGGCAGGCCCGCCCAGCAGCAACGUUGCCCGUGAGGCUUCGUAUUCCUCUUUGACUUCGUCUGCUUUGCUGCACACGUUCCCCCUCAUCGACGGAUUCACAGGAGAGGUCUUCACCAUCGACCUGCGUCACCCGCUUCUCCUCGCGUCGUCGGCGGGUGCGUUCUCGCCCUCCAUUUCGCGUCUCUCCACGCCUCGCGUCCCUGAGACGUCCGACGCCUUGCGCGGGCGGCGUUGCACCUGGGAGGGGCUCCAGCGCUUUCUGAUUCACCACGUCGUGCCUGCGCUGCCACGGGCCUCGCUUCGCAGCAGCCCUGACGCGCCACGGACGCCCAGCGAGGAGAGGGCGCCGGUUCACCUCGCCUCCGCUGCCAGCUCGCCUCGAUUUUUUCCGCGGCAGGCCGGCGGCGAGAGCGCCGCCUCUGCCUGCGGGCUCCUGGUGGUCGCGGGUCGGCAGCCCUCGUGCGCUGUGGCGGAGGCCUGGGCGUCUGCGCCGCACCCUGUCUCCCCGUCCGCGUCGCCCGUUGGAGGCUGGAGGAGGCGCGGCGGCGGGGACAGAGAGAGAAAGCGGAGCGAGGAAGUUCGUGGCGACGCCAGAGGGGGGUUGCCAGAGGAGGACGGCGUGGUGCUCCUGCUGGAGCGCACCGCGACCUCGCUGGGGCUCGAGGUUAAGCGCCGCGGCGGGGCGGCGGACGAAGCGAGUUCGCAGAGUCGCUUCCUCGAGGCAGGCGAGCCUGGGCCCAUCUUCUGCUUCCGCACGGAUGUAUUGUUUUCUUCCUGGGCGUCGCAUGUGAAUCCGACGCACCCUCCAAAUAGCCACGCGCUUGUAGGCGCCUCAGGUGCGCUGGGGGGACGCAGCGCCGCUCUCUCGUCCUCGACCCUCAGACCGGACCGAGAGAGCGGCGGUCUACCGGCUGGCUCGCCUGCCUCCUCGGCCGCGUCUCCAGACGCGUUCUACCUCCAUGCCUACGACCCCCGCGACCCGCUGAAUGCGGGGUUUUCUCAAACUUCGCCGUCCCGCGACGCGUCUAGCCAGCCGCCGCUGGCGUUCGGACGAGCCACAGAGGCAGAAGCAGCAGCGGCCCUGCCGCGCGAACGCCGAGCCUCUGGACCUCGCACCCCGUUUCCUUUUCCUCUUCCGUACGCCUCCCCUUCCCUCGAAAAGCGACUCUCCGUCCCCGAGCAGAGAGCGGUGAAGACGGCCUCUGCACUGUGUACCGACAGCGGCUUGCAGCACUUUGCUUGCAACGUGCGGACAGCCGCGCACCUGCUGGCUGCCGGUCGCGCGCGGGCUCUAGCCGCCGCGGCACUCCUGAAGAGACUUCCGCAGCAACGGCAGGCGGCGCUGGUGGUUCAGGCGAAUCUGGAGAGGCACAUCCACGUGGCUUCACGGUGGCUUGCCUCGCUCGGGGCGCGGCUCGAGGAGGAGCGACGCCUCCAGCAGUCGUUGCUGGACGGCCUGCCACAGCUGUUCUCGCUCUUCGAGUCCUGCGUCCUUCCGCAGACGCUCCAGAGUUACGAGAGUCAUGGCGCGUCUGCUGGGCUUCACUCGGGAGGCCCUGAGGGCGCCGCGACCCGUGCGGCCGGUGCGCCUUCCUCCUCCGCGCCGCCUUUCCGCACGCUGGCUGAUGCCCUAAGGCUCCCGACUAUCCAGCGCCACGUGAGGCGCAUCGAGAAUCAGAGGCAACAGGUGUACGAACGCCUGCGGCAGCUAGAGCGGCGGUGCGCAGAGGCGCGAGAGGAGGCCUCGCUGGCGGGUCGUCGCGCGGUGAGCGUCGCGGAGAGAGGCGGGUCUCUGGAAGACGAGGCUGCGCGAAUCGAGGCGGCAGGCAGGGAGCACGAAGUACUGUUUCAUCGCGUACUCGAGGCGCUGCCGCCGCCGCCCAUUGCGUAUUCUCACUACUCGCCCGAUCAGCUGCACGAGCGCCAGAGACUCCAGUCGAACGCGCUGCAGCAGCUUCGCCAAGUCGCGCUGGAGCAAGCAGCGAGCGAGGAGCGACUGGCGCGUCUGUGGGCGAGGAGGGGCGACGAGUUUCUCGGCGCCCUCCUGCGGGCGUUUCGAGGCAAAAUGGAGGUCAAACAACACCACGACGUCGGACUGCUGGUCCGCGACGCCUCCCACCGAGUGGCGGUUUCUGUGCUCCAGCUGGGGCGCCUGUAUGCCGUGCCUCGCGCCUGCGCGCUAGCCGUGCACGAAUGCCAGCGGAGGCGGCAGUUCAGGUGUGCGUACACCGCAGCAGCGCGCGACGCGCAGGUGCAACUCGACCAAGUGCGGCGCGGCGAAGAAGCCUCCCGUCUGCGGUUUCUCGAAACCUGCGGCCACGCUCUGCCAGCCGCGCUCUUUCGCCCUCUCAAGGAGUGCAGCGUCCCGCGGGUGUACGUGCACGGCCCGGGAGACUUCGACCGGAGUCUGGAAGGGCUUGUAGGUCCCGAGUUUCUUUCGGUGCGGCGAGAGGAUAAUCGCGAUGGACGAGGUCCCACUGCGCGUGACGCGCGACAGAAAAGGUAUGAGGCAUGCCACAGCGAGCAAGAUGGAAGCCGCGUGCAGACCUUGGACGAAGCUGAGAUGCGCGGCGGAAACCCUGGAGGUAGCGGAGGUGAGACCAGCGUGGUGGCGGCUGCAACGAAACACCUCCAACUCGAGCUCGCCGAGAGACAAGAAAAGGAGUUGGAGCACAUGCUGCAAAGCGCUUCUCUCUCCGAGAACGCGGCACUCGCGAUUCUGGCGGCCGAAGGCAUCCUCACAGAAAUCGUCAAUCGAGGAGACACGAGCGACAAGGUGCAUCUUGAGGAAGCGGCGAACGCGGAUCUGGGUAUUCUCUUGUCUCAGUGGAGAGGCGAGGAAGAAGCGGAGAUCCAGCUGGGUUCCUUCAGAGAUCACGCGGUGACACUCGCUCCAGGACCUUCUACUGGAGUGUUGGCUGGUGGGGGUAACGCCGCGCGUGCGACUGCGGCCGAGGAGAACCGAAAGCGUGAGGGAGACGUCGAACCCACCGGGUGGCGAGGAAGGGAGGACUGGCUAUCAGCGGGAGCGGCUCGCUUUAACGGCGAGAGUGAUUUGUCUAAAGACGUCCAGAGCAAGCCUCAUAAGGCGGAAAACGCAUCCUUUGAGCGAGCGGCAGAUUCAAUCAAACUCGAGGGGAAGCGGGUCGAGGCUCAGCGUCGUCUCAGCGCCUACCCUAUCCCAGAAGUGACGCCCGCCUCUCCGGUAAAACAACCGCCGUGCGGGAGCGACCAGGCUGCUGACGGGGCGCAUGCAAGCGGGCUGCUAAUGUCGCAGUCAGAUCCUGACUCCGCCUCCUCUCUCUCGCGGCCUCCAUCGGAGCUGCUGGCCUCGCCGCAGCGUGAUUUUGUGCGAUCCGCAUGUGGAGACAGGCCCAGACGCGACGCGGCAUUUCCGUGCUCAGGGAUAGGAGGAGAAGGAGGGAACACAUUUGAGACGGAGGGAGGUGGAUUCCAAAGAAGUUCCGCGGACUGCGUUUCUUCCUCGAGCUCGUCUUCCCCUCGUCGUCCGUGUCUACGCGGCACUUUCCCGAUAGGCGAAGAGAACGCGUCUGCGCGCGCCUGUGGGCUCGCAGGUGCUGAAGCGUUUUCUGCGGCAAGUGGCGCGCACAUUAGCGGGGAAGUUGAGUCGCCUGUGUCGGCGUCGUCUGCGGCUGCCGCCGUCGCGGUUUCGGGUCCCUCGGCGGUCUCCUCGUCUGCUGGAUACACUGCGUCUAGCUUUCCGUACACCGGGGAGGCUCGAGGCAGCGAGAGCCGCAGCCAAGCCGCCGCGCCGGUGGAGGGCGACGGGGGAAUGGAUAUGUCUGCGAGGAGAGCUGAUCUGGACGGCAGCCAGCGCGGCGGAGGAGACGAAGGCGCAGCAGCAGCGGCUGUGGAAGAGGAUAGAGAGGAGAGGAAACUCACCGGCGAAAGCGGCCGCGGGCGCAUGUGGAGCCCAACUGAGUGGAGCUCAACUGAGAGCGAAGACGCGCAGACGAUAUCGCAAAAAACAGACAAAGCGCAUGCUUCGUCUUCUUUCAGAGAUGCAGACGGCGAGGGGAAUUGCCUUCUUGAGGGAAGCCAAGAGGCGGCGACGACCCCUUCUCGGGAUGAAGAUGCCCCUCUUCGACAGACUGAAACCGUGCGCUUGAAGGGACUAGGGGACGGCGAAAGACACGCGCCGAAGCGAGCCGGAGACACGACUGUACACACUCCGGGAGACGAAGGCUCGUGUCGGCUGUCCUCGAUGCAUGCGCGGGCCGGCCGAGGAGACUUGAACGAAAACCGUGAGCCGUCACGAAGCUCGAGUCUCUUUUUCACUCCAAGAGCCGCCCCGCUGGGGGACCCGAGUAACUCAGACGUGGAGGGCGAGCACACGCCCGCUGAGCGUCGUCGCGCCGCGGCGAACGAAGCCGAGGGCGGUGCGGUUGUCGUGGCAGCUCGGGAUUCUUUACCGGCGCCAGAGACAGCCGGGGAGCCGCGGCCAGGCGCAGAGUCGAGCAGGCCCGCAGAGGAAAGCGAUCCACUGGGACACGUCGCGUCUGCGUCGCUUGCGCUGUUUUCCUUCGCUUCUCGUCCUCAUUCGUCUGCAGGACGGGAUCUGGCGUCGCCUGCAGCUGCCUUGCCGACGGAUUCGCAUGCAGCCCCUUCUUCGCACGCGAGGAGUUCGGCUGCCUCAGAUUCUGUUGCAGCCAGAGGCGCUUCCUCCGGCGUUUCUGCGGCCAGCGCCUUGCCUGCGGCUUCAUCAUCGUCUGCAGCCGAGGCCUCAUCGCUCGACCCACACGACGCGGCCUCGACUCUCGUCGCGCUUUUGCCUUCGGAGAUCUUCUCGGCGGGGAACGCAGACGCGAGCGGAGUGCCCUCAAGCGAAAAAGGGUGCCAGAGGGACGGACGGGAUGAGAGUGAGGAAGCGCGCGCGGCGAUGACUCAGAGGACCCCGCCUGCGCCAGCGGAAGAGGCCGAACGCUCGCCAGCCAGGGCCGCGGACAGAGAACUCGCGAGAGACGCUGCAGCCUCGGGGGAGGGGCAAGGAGAGAAGGAGGAAGCCACACAAAGCGCCCAGGCGCUGCCGGCCUCGCCAGAGGCACCCACUGAGCCACCGUCGACGGGGAGGCAGCACGAGAAGCAUCAGGCUGAGCGCAUCGCACGCUCUGAAGACGAGGCCGGCGGGGGAGAGAGGAUGGCGGAUCAAGAACUUUUAUCCGCAAGGCAAGAGGGGGCGGGGGGACAGCCAGGAGGAGACACACCAGGGCGCGGCGAGCCGAACGAACUGGGAGACGCGGAGAGUCGAGAGACAUGCGCCGCGGACGCCCGACACCUGCGGGAGGCGCAACGCAGCCCCAGGGAGGCAGGAGGAACCGAAAGACAAGGAGAGAGAGAAGUAGCGCGAGCAGCACAGGCAGACAGAUGCCCUCACCCACGGUUGAACGAAGAGCCAGGAAAGGAAGCAGCCGUGACGCGAGGGGGGGCCGAUGCGCCGCAGAUCAGCGCAGAGGCAGCUGAGCCUGAGGAGACGCCGGGGGAGACGCCCCAAUCUCCGCGGCCGACUGAAGCCGGCAGCUCGCCCGCAGGCCUCAUGGCGCACCAGGGGAGCGCUCCGGACGUCGAAGGCCUGAGGCUACGGGAGGCGAGGACAGUCGGCGACCUGCAAGAAGAAAGAGAGUACGAACCGCUUGUCCUUGCGGCGCUCGACGACCUCGAAGACCCCAAGGGCGCGGAGACGAGGCAGGAGCGCGGAGCGCGGGACAGCGCGCCCAGACCGGACCGGCCGCAAGAGGCCAGCGAGGCGGAGGACGACCCGCGCCUCCAGCCGCUUCAGGAGGAGACAGAGGAAACCACGCGAGCAGGCCUCGCUGGACACAGAGGCGUGGAAGAGCGUAUGAACGCGUUUGAGGGCGAGGGGCUCGAGGGCGGAUCCUGGCUGAAACAGGCAGCCGACAGAGGCAAACAAGGCGCCGCGGAGGAGCCCAGCGGAGAGGCCUCCCGGCUUGGCGCGGACGCCGAGGGGCUUCUGGGGCCCAAGCGGUGGAGAGAAGAGGAGGGCGGCCGACGCGCGAAUGCAGACAAAGAGGCGGGAGAGGCAGACGCGCAAAGGGAGACGGAGCCGAUGGAGGCGGAUGAUGGCGUGUCUCUGUCGCCUUCUAUCCGUCCGUCGUCGCGGUCUGAAGGCGUUCCUCCUCCUCUCCUUUCUCCUCCCGUAACUGGGCGGAGCGUGGGCGCACACGCGCUGGACGUGGCACACGGCGCGGCAUUGAGCUCGGCGGAAGAAGGAAGAGAAGAAGAACGAGGAGAGGCAGAGAAAGUGCAGAGUUCAGACUCGAGAGACGACGCUGACAACCGAGAAGUCGACCAAGCCGUGGAAGCAGCUGGGCUUUCGGCGGGGCCCCGGGAGGGCCGGGAGGGAGACAGCGGGACGGAGAUCGGCGAAGAGAGAGGAGGCAGGGCUCCUGAAGCCGCCAGGCAUCAGUCGAAUCAAAGGGAAGAAGAAAGGAAACAGACGGGAGCGCUGCUGAGACUCCAAGACGAGGGAGGUGACUGUACUGGAGGCGCUGCAGAGGCUGAUGAAGAAGCAUCCAAGCGCGAGCAGAACAGCAGCCGCCACAUCGGCGAAGUCGGGGGAGAAGGGCCUGACACCUUAGAAGGGGAGUCGAGAGAGAGUGAGAAAAGGGUGCGCGGCGCAGAAGAGGAUGUAGAGCAGGUGGCGGUGGAAAGGAGUUCUGCGGAGUUCUCUGAAGGAAAAGACGACGAGGGGGAAGAGGCGAAAGGGGCUCGCGAAGGAGAGGCGACGGGCAACAGCGUGGAUGCCAGUGGCUGA